CGUCCCCAACCCCCCCCCCCCCCCUCAUUUUAAAUCCACUCCGACGGCGCACAUCACUCCAACCAACAGCGCUGCUGUCCUCCGCGUCCCGCUCCUCCGCGCUGUUGUCCCGGUCUCUGCCUCUGGAGGAGAGCGAGCGCCCCAGCAGCUACAGCAGCACCAUCACGGCUGCCUGCACGGUAACAUGCUCUGCAGGCUUCGGCUGCUGUAGCUCCACAGACAUAUAGGCUAUACACCCUAUAUAGCUACUGGGACGUGUGUUGCAGUAGGGGUGUGUGUGUGUGCGUGGGUGUGUGUGUGUGUGUGUGUGUGAGCGAUAAGGAGAUCUGGUUUUUAUCAUUAUUAUUAUUCGGUCCCGGAGGAAAGCGUCCGGUGCGAGCCGAGCAUCCCUCCACGCAGCAGGGGAGACCCUCCCGCUCCAGAGCCCCGUCGCUACAACCGGUGUGGCACACAGCCUGGCUUCUGUGACAAGACAGCGUUGUCGUCAAGUGAAAGGAAAACAAAAACUGUCCCGUUGCCAUGGGGAAACAGAACAGCAAGCUGCGGCCCGAGAUGCUGCAGGACCUCCGGGAGAACACGGAGUUCUCCGACCACGAGUUGCAGGAGUGGUACAAGGGUUUCUUGAAGGAUUGCCCCAGCGGAACAUUGAAUGUGGAGGAGUUCAAAAAGAUCUACGCCAAUUUCUUUCCCUACGGAGAUGCCUCCAAGUUCGCCGAGCACGUCUUCCGGACUUUCGACACCAACGGCGACGGGACGAUAGACUUCCGGGAGUUCAUCAUCGCCUUGAGCGUCACGUCACGGGGGAAGCUGGAGCAGAAACUGAAAUGGGCUUUCAGCAUGUACGACCUGGAUGGAAACGGAUACAUCAGCCGUGAGGAGAUGCUGGAGAUUGUUCAGGCCAUCUACAAGAUGGUGUCAUCCGUGAUGAAGAUGCCAGAGGAUGAGUCCACGCCAGAGAAGAGAACGGAUAAGAUCUUCAGACAAAUGGACCUCAAUAAUGAUGGCAAAUUGUCCCUGGAGGAGUUUAUCAAAGGUGCCAAAAGCGACCCCUCCAUUGUCCGGCUACUCCAGUGCGACCCCAGCUCCGCCUCCCAGUUCUAAAGCCCCUCCCCCACAUCCUGCUGCGAGCUUGUUUUUACCCCCCAACCACCCUCUUCUCUAUUUCUGUUGUUAAUCAGAGCAUCCCUGACAUCAAUGCAUGACGAUUCACAUCUCUCAUAUCUGUUUAGUUCUUGUGUGUAAGAAUUUCAUUUUACUUUUGGAUUUUUUAGGGGUUUGGGGGGGAAUGAAGGGACAUGCUUACACACAUAACGGUGUCGGGGUCCAGCAGGCGCCCGCCGGAGUUCCCGACUGUCUGCAUCAGGAUGAGAACGGCAAGAGAGAGAGGCUCUGGAGUUCACCUCCGAAGCGUGUAUAUUAUCAUGUACAUAACUGUAUGUUAUCAUAAGAUGGAUUCAGUUUGUCUUCACUCACUGUGUGGCACAUACUACGAAAGGCAGUAUUAUGUAGCUUCCUGUUCCAAUCUCAGUGGGAGCUGUUGGGAUUUUAUCGCUGUAUGAUCUUUCGCUGUGAAAAAGAAGGCCUAAGAUUCCUUUUGAUUUCUUUUGUAAAUAUCGACUGGUGUUUUUUUUUAUGACCAUUUUUACUUCCCUCCCUUUCAUUUGUACAUAUGUUUUUCCUUUUUUCAUGUGAUUUUAUUUAUUCAUUUUUACUCUAAAUAUGCUUUUACUUUGAUAUAUUGUUUGAGAUGACUGUAUUCCAGUUUACAACGGCUGAGAGAGUGAACGGCGAAUAAUUCUUUUUUUAAAUGGAUUUUGGUCAAAAUGAAGGAUAUUAAUUCCCAGUGAAAUAAGAGGAUCUCAUGAUGCAUCCGAUCAACAGCACCAGUAGCACAUAUCGUUGUUUUACCGCCAUGUAUUUACAGAGUAUGGCUGUGCUUUCAAUCUGAAGGGGUGUGUGUGUGUUGUGUGUGAAUUCCGACUGUGUGCUUGAGGCUAACUUUUACAGUAUUACCUUGUUGUGUUGUUUCUUAUUAAUACAGUAUCUUGCAAGAAAGAAAAUAUUCGCACCCCUUUGAAGCUUUUCACAUUUUCUCAUGUUACAACACAAAAAAAUGUCGUGAAUUUUGUUGGUGUUUUACGUGCUGCACCCAUCCAUAAUUUGGAGAUUUAAAAAAAAAUAAGCGUAAUACUUAUGUAUAAGCUAAAAACGUAAGUUUUUUGGGGGGCUUCUCUAGUCUUGCUGGCUAGAUUUCUCCAACACCUCCAAAGUUACUUCCCUUGAUCGAUGCUCUUCGUUUAACCGUCAGUUUAGGUGGAUGGUGAUGUGUUAGUAAAAUUACGUAGUCUGGUACUUGAGCUGAGUGGGGAACAUUUGUUCCAUUUUCAGCUGGCUCUGUUUGCUUUCAUACUGCACCGUCAAAGGAACCAAACGCUUUAAAAAACCUGUUCACCUCCUCGCCUGAGGUGGCGCUGCACCAAGAACCACUGGCGGAAACACACAAAAACUAGAGGUGAGCAAUAUUGCCUUUUUUAGCAUUGUCAAACGUCUGAUUGCAAGAAUAUUUUUGUAGUUUUUCCUUUGAAUUAGUUUCCUAAAAGCUAGGGCAGGAUUUGGGCAAGUCUUUUUUAUUUUUGCACUAAACACAGGGCAAAAAAAUUGUCAUUUGAGAGCAAAUCGAAACAAAAUCUGUUUUGAGGUAGAGUUGAGAAACUACAAUACAAGAAAUAGAAAAUUUCAAGUGGGGUUGUUAAACUACAGUUCUUGCCACGCUAGUAUCAAUGUGACACAGGUAUUGAUAUUAUCAAUAUUUUUAAUAAAUUCCCCCACCUAACAAAAUCCUCUGAGUGCAACUUUAGAGAAUGUAAACAAAAAUAGGGUAGCAUCUGAUUUAAGUGGUUGUAAAAUUUCACUUUGGUUGUUGGUAAAAGACCAGAGGCAAUUUCUCCUGCUAGCAUUCGAUUCUUGCGUUUGCUUAAGUUGUAUUUACCCAGGAUGCCAUGUGCUGUAAUCUGCUUCCUGCUGUUGUAGUGGUCUCUGGUUUGAUUGCCGUUCACAUAUCCAUUCGAACCGCACCAGAGUUCACUUCAACCAAAUCGAUAUCUAGGUUUUUAGAUGGAGCAGAGUUCGAUUGCCCAUUCACUCCUCCUGAAUCGAACCAGACUAUACAGGCAAACGACGUAGAGUUCGAUUUAAACAGACAACACAACGGUGAUGAUGGUAGGAAAUUGUUGCCGUCCUACGGUUUUCUUUCACUUCACAAAUAUGCGCAACUUUUCUCUUGAUCUGUCGCGUAAAAUCCCAAUAAAGUACAUCGCAGUUUGUGGUUGUAAUGUGUCAAAAUCUUCACAAAAAAAAUGUUCAUGAGGUACUAACCAUUUUGCAAGUUACUGUAAGUAUGCUAGAAUUCUUUAAUAUCGAGCAGUAAACUUAAGAUAGUUGUAACCUGUUACUAUAAUGCAUGAUCCCACAAGUAAGACACGGGCGACUUUCACAACCACAGUUUACGCAGAGUGAUACCUUUUCGGAGCUCUGCAUUUUUGAGGACUACGAGCUGUGGAGCAGCCCCCACUAUCCUCCGCUCCCUCCAUCCAAUCUGUUUUGUUUUUUUUCUCAGACAGAGAACUUACUAAGGGCUUGUUCAUCACUCUUAUGCUGAACGCUUUUCCGAGCGCCCAGAUUGGUCUGCUUGCAGAGCAGUCGCACGAAAAGGCUUGUUUCAGGAGAAAAAGGAUGCCAUACGCUUGUCCUCGUCUGGGGAUUUCAAGAGCGAUUCAGUUUUCAUUGGCAACUUUAAAGUCCAUGUUUAGAGCACCUAAUUGACAGCAAGAAAAAACACCUCAAAAUGUGGGUUGUUCAAGUUUUAACAAGACAUCGGUGAAACGUCUCAGUAUAACCAGAUUACUGUUGCCCUCUCAAUGCAAAGAAUGUAUUUUACUCUGUCAAAUCAAUUUAUCUUUAAUGUUUUAGUUUUAUCCGAUAUCUAAUUGAUUGCCACCGCGUCCAACUACUCCGACACGGAUCUAAAAAAAGUCAGCUUGUACCAAAUGUUUUGAACUGGAACUGCCUAUCCAGCAGCAUCUCUGCUUUGGGGAUCCUUAAGUAUCACUGCCUUCUGCUGGUAGGAUAAGAAACAACAGUCAGAAUUUCUUGAACCACUACGGUUUAUUCCUUUUUUUUUUAGUUUCUAUUAUCACUGCCUCUUCUAACGAACUGGUAUCUUGUCUUGAAGAAAAUAAAAUAAGCCCCUCCUCCUCUUUUAUCCUUCCCCUAUUCCUGCACUACUUUUCUGUUGCAUGAAAACCUCGUACGAGGAUGCAAUGUUUGUUCUGUUGAACCUGACAUUAAAAAGAUAUCAAAAUAUA